CACAUGAUCACAGCUGCAGACAGAGCGGGACAAAAACACAGACGGACAGAGCUUGACUAUGGACAUGCACGUCUCUCUCCUCCACCAAGGUCUCCUUCCUUCUCUCUUUGUUUCCCGUUUCUUACUCUUGACAUAUUUUGAUCAUGCUAAUCUCCAACGAUUCUGUUUUCAGUCAAGCUGCUUCUUUGGCUUCUCUGGUGCCGUCUGCCUUUUUAAUGUCACAUCUUCUUACCUUCCAACAUUUCCCGUUCGUUGCUACUUCCCUCCACAUUCCUGACUAAGCUCUUUAUUUGACUUGUUUUUUUGUUUUUUUCACCUCCUUACCUCGUCUCUUGGAUGGAUAGCUACUCCUUCCUCUACAGUUCCUCCCACAGAACCGUACUUCUCUCCGGCUUCCAGCGCCUGCGCUCUGAGAGGAAGAUGUGUGAUGUCGUCCUGGAGGCUAGGGGUGUUUCCUUCCCUUGUCAUCGCGCCCUUUUGGCCAGCUCCAGCGAGUAUUUUUGGGCUCUGUUUGGAGAGACUACUGCUGAGAGAUUAGCGGGUUCCAUUAGUCUCCCAGCGCUAACGCCCCUGGGUUUAGACGCCAUUCUUGAUUUCCUGUACUCGGGCUGGAUCAACGUGUCAUUCUCCAAUAUUCAUGCUGUUCUGGAAGCAGCCAGGUACCUGCAAAUUGAGACAGCCGUGUCGAUAUGUGAGCGCUUUAUGAUUGAUGGUUUAAAUGCUGACAACUGCUGUUGCUAUGCUAACCUGGCUGAACACCAUGCACUAUCAAAUGCACUUGAGGCUGCCAACCAAACCAUUGCUAUGGAGAUGGGGACAUUGCUUCAGGAGAGCAAGGAUGACCUCCUUAAUCUGAAUGUCCAAUCACUGAUGGCGGUGCUUGACGCCGACGAGAUACCUGGCGUCAAGGAGGUGGAGCUCCUGAAGCUGGCUUUGGAUUGGCUGGAUGAGAAUGGACCCCUCCCUCUGUUACAAUCAAAUCUUCUUCUGAGUCGCCUGCGCUUUGGACUGGUCUGCACUUCUGAUCUCACCAACCUCCACCACAAAGCCAUGGCCACACCGUUAAUCAGGAGUCAGGUGACCCGAGCUCUGGAGUACCACAGGGUUGGUUCAGCUCAGCCAAUCAGGCAGAGCAAGCAGUCAACGCUACGGGCAUCGGUGAACCGUGUGCUGCUCGUGGGUGGAGGUUCCAGCGUUGAUUGUCCCGAAGAGCAGAUGUUGGUGUUUGAUCCAAGGUACAAGAAGUUUUCGUUACUGGACUCCUGUCUCCCGCUGCGACUGAGGAACCACUGUGUGUGCUCAGUGGGAGGUUUCCUCUUUGUGAUUGGGGGGGAGGAAGUGAAAGAAGGAGAUGAGGACGGCAUUAAGUCUGUCACUUCAUCUGCGUCCAAUCAGGUGUGGCGGUACGAUCCUCGCUUCAACUGCUGGGAGCAUGUGGAGUCCAUGCUGGAGAUGCGGGCCCAGUUCAGCUGCUGUGUUGUAGACAAUGUAAUUUAUGCAAUCGGGGGGCGACACACACGACAGGACGCCGAGACGCAAACCUCGGUGGCAUCUGUUGAGUUUUAUGACAUGACCAUUGGAGCCUGGAGGAGAGGAGCGACAAUGCCUCACCCUCUUUAUGGCCAUGCAUCAACUGUGCUUGACAGCAGUAUCUAUGUGUCAGGUGGUCUCCCCGGCAACCAGGCUACUGCCCCUGGCGGUAACCACGGCGAUACCCAGGAAGAAAACCGGGAGAGCAGCAGAGAGGUCCAAUGCUGGGACCUCAAAGGUCGAGUCUGGGAAAAGAGGGCAUCCAUGUCGAUUGCCAGGUUCAGCCACCGACUGGCAACUGCCCAUGGCUACAUCUACGCCCUUUUGGGUAUGUACGAGCCUUUCUGCGAUAUAGAACGAUACGAUCCGCAGUCAGACCACUGGACGCGCCUCCGACCACUUCUCAUUGGCACCUUCAACUAUGGGAUGGUUCCAAUGCCCUCAGGGAACCUGCUGGUGUUUGGAGGAAGAAGGUGGAGCGACGGACAGGAGCUGGUCAUGAGGACCGUGUUGGAGUACGACAAACAGAAAGAUCACUGGAGAGAGAUCUGUAAACUGCCCAGACCUCUCACAGGGACUGAGUGCACACUGCUCCCGCUGCCAGACUGAAGUGCACAGAGUGUUAAAGAAACACUUAAUGAGUUAUUUGAUAUAGUGUGAAAUUCCUUUACUUAAGUGUGGUAAUGAGAAGAGAGCACAUGUUUGAAUAAUGAUGUGACAUUGUUGAAAUUACUCAAAAGUUCAACACAAAGAACUAAAACGAUUGGGUUUCAGGCAAGAAAGGAAAGAAUAAAAUCAAAUAUAAUCAAAAGAAAAGUCUGUUUGGGAAUAAAAUUGGGUUGUCUGGGUUGAAAUUUGUACCAUGACCAUAAUAUUUAAUUUCCAACUGACUACAUUUCAAGCUCUUUCUAAUCCAGUCUCAUAUAGAAGAGAAAAAAAGAAAUUUCAAAGGGUGAAUUUAAUGCAAAGCCAAGAAAACGUCUUCCACAGCCAAGACGACGAACGUGGAGGGGGAGGAUGUCUUUGAAGUGAAGAACAACAGCAAAGCGAAACUGAAUAUUUCAUACACGUUGUAUCAAAACAGUCCUGUGCAUGUGACAUUCCUGUUCAUUUAUGAAUAAUUUAAGAUUUCCUAUGAGAUAGUUAUAUAGAAAUAGAAGGAAACCAAAGGUUUAUCCAGGAAAUCAUACGCAUGAUCUGAGUUCAGUAUCUGUGGAUGUUUGCACUCGAGUACAUUCUGUACGAAACUGCAUCUGCUGUCAUUUAUUUUUGGGUCCUUUCUAUAUUUGAGGGUAAACUUUAAAAAGUAUUGUAAUGAUUUUCUUUGAGAAAUACAUUUGUUUGUGUGCGAUAAAAAUGUACACAAAAAUAAAAUGCUUUCGAAAUAAGGUUAUAGGACUAUUAGCGUCAAAAAUGUCAAUAACAGUUUUACAAAAAUUUGACAUAAUUUGUAAUAACCAUGAAGUAAUGAGUGGGUGAAAUGAAUUGUGAUCGAUUGAAAGACAUGAUGAUAAAGCACUGUAAAGUUGUUGUUUUUUUUAAUUAUACAUUGAUUCACUAAGUAAUAAAACUGGAUAGUGUGUGA